ACACGCAAAACAGCAUGGCUGAUGAACCUUCAGAGAAGAAAAAUAAACCAAACACACUCUCAAAUAAAGAGGGCGAAGAGAGAAAAAACUGGAAGAAAUGGAAAGAACAAAAGAAAGAAGAGAAGCGGCGACGAAAAGAGAGCAAACUCAUCCAGCAGCUGGAGAAACAGAAGCUGAAGAAAGAGGAGGAAAAUCAACAGCAGGUUAAACAGGAAGAGAAGGAAAGUAAAGGUCGUCUGUAUACAGUGAGCGUGGCUCUGCCUGGAUCAGUGAUGGAUAACGCUCAGUCACCAGAGCUGCGGACAUAUCUGGCUGGUCAGAUUGCCCGAGCCUGUGCUGUUUUCUGUGUGGAUGAGGUGGUCAUAUUUGACGAGCUGGGAGAAGACGCAAAGAGCGUUGAAGGAGAGUUUAAAGGCGUGGGUAAGAAAGGCCAGUCCUGUGUCCAGCUGGCACGCAUCCUGCAGUACCUCGAGUGUCCACAAUAUCUGCGGAAAUUCUUCUUCCCGAAGCAUCAGGAUCUGCAGUUUGCUGGUCUUUUAAAUCCUCUGGACAGCCCUCAUCACAUGCGCAUUGAUGAAGAGGCGGAGUUUCGAGAGGGCGUGGUUCUUGAUCGGCCAGUCAAAGCAGGGAAAGGCUCAUUCGUCAACUGCGGCAUGAGGAAGGAAGUUCAGAUCGAUAAACAGCUGAAAACGGGACUAAGAGUGACAGUACAGCUCAACGAGACCCAAAACAAAGAUGGAAGAGUGUAUAAGGGUGUGGUUGUUGCUCCUCAUGUCCCCAGGACUGAAGCUGGGCUCUACUGGGGAUACAGUGUUCGUCUGGCCUCCUGUCUCAGCGCAGUGUUUUCUGAGUGUCCAUAUAAAGAGGGUUAUGAUCUGACCAUCGGGACCUCAGAGAAAGGACAGAACACAGAUCAUGUGACUCUCCCAGCCUUCAGGCACAUGCUGGUGGUGUUUGGAGGUCUGCAGGGUUUAGAGGCCAGCGUUGAUGCGGAUGAGAAUCUGACCGUCAGUGACCCCAGCGUGCUGUUUGACCUUUACCUCAACACAUGUCCAGCACAGGGCAGCCGCACCAUCCGCACAGAGGAGGCGCUAUUGAUCAGUUUAUCAGGACUCCGACAGAAAAUCGCAUCUUCAUUUCCAGACCCAUCCACAGUAUGACCAACAAGAAGUGCAUCUUAAUGGACCACAGGAAGUGCAUCAACAGGUUGAGCAAUCCAGACUAAAUGUGCACUCAGAUGUGUAAAACUGUUUCUUUAUCAAUGAACAUUUUGUGAAUCAUUUCAUAUCGGCCCUUUAUCGAAAUAUUAAUGUAUGAAAGUUGUGUUUACAAACUUAAAAAUCACAAAACUGGAGCCUCUGUGUUGAAAUGUAUACGUUUAUUUUCAUAAGACAGGCAUGUAAGAAACAUUCAUAAUGAGAGACGAGCAAAACAAUCGGCUCAUAUCAUCAUAUCACUGCAGUCAUGAGUAAUCAUCAUCAUAACAAUACACACCCCUUUUAUUCAGAAUCAAAACGCAACACAUCGUUCUGCUCAAAGGCAAGUCUGUUUCAACAUUAUGGGGGAUUAUCAUGUCAUGUUUGGCUCAAUAAUGAAAGAAAUUAAUGUUCAGGAUAUUUAUAAUGAGGGUUUUUACAUGCUUGAGUUGACACUUGAGUUACAGCAUCUAUUCACUAAGAGAUGGCUCACCCCCCAAUAACAUGAACAUUUGCUGUUAAUUUACUCAUCCUCAGGCCAUCCGAGAGGACUUUUAUCAUCGGCAGAGCAUUAACAAAAAUGUUUAGCUAAAACUGGUCAUUUAUAAAAUGCAUGUUAACUGGUACCGGCACUUUAAGAGUCAAAAAGGCAACUUAAACUGUAUCCACAAAUGAUAUAAAGAGCACAACACGGCGAACACCUCAAUUGUUUCUCUAUUCAUUUUUAAAUAUAACUAAUUAACCUGCAUUGUUAAUCCAACUUAUUAAAAGAACUUUGCUUAAAGGGGAUAGUUAGUGCUCCAAAAACCUUUAUUAAUAAAAAGGCGACAAAAAAUUCUGUUAUUUCUUCUGAUAAACACAACAAGAUAUUUUGAAGAGUGUUGGAAACCUCUAC